CAUGAAUGGAGCAAGAUGGCGGACCCUGUGCAGAGUCUAGCACAGCUAGAGAACCUGUGUAAGCAGCUCUAUGAGACCACGGACACCAGCACCCGACUACAAGCAGAGAAAGCACUUGUUGAGUUCACCAACAGUCCAGAGUGUCUGAGCAAGUGUCAGCUGCUGCUGGAAAGAGGGAGUUCUUCAUAUUCUCAGCUGUUGGCUGCCACUUGCCUCACUAAACUGGUGUCUCGGAGCAGUAACCCUCUUCCACUGGAGCAGAGGAUCGAUAUCCGGAACUAUGUACUGACAUACCUAGCAACACGGCCCAAGCUGGCCUCUUUUGUGACUCAGGCGUUAAUACAGCUGUAUGCUCGUAUCACCAAGUUGGGUUGGUUCGACUGUCAGAAAGAGGACUACGUGUUCAGAAGCGUUAUUGUGGAUGUGACGCGCUUCUUGCAGGACAGUGUAGAAUAUUGUGUAAUCGGAGUCAGCAUAUUAUCUCAUUUAACUAAUGAAAUCAAUCAGGCAGAUGCUACACACCCUCUGACCAAACAUCGUAAAAUUGCUUCAUCUUUUAGAGACUCUUCACUGUUUGACAUCUUCACACUUUCCUGCAAUCUUCUCAAACAGGCUUCAGUAAAAACUCUACUCCUCUCUGAUGUGGCUGAACAGGAUCUCCUCAUGCAACUCCUCAAACUCACUCACAAUUGUCUAAACUUUGAUUUCAUUGGCACCUCUACGGAUGAAUCCUCCGAUGACCUGUGCACAGUGCAGAUUCCAACUAGCUGGCGCUCAGCCUUCUUGGACUCCUCCACACUACAACUCUUCUUUGACCUUUACCAUUCCAUACCCCCAAGUUUUUCUCCACUGGUCCUUUCCUGCCUUGUACAGAUUGCUUCUGUACGGCGAUCCCUAUUUAAUAAUGCUGAAAGAGCAAAGUUCCUUUCACACCUUGUAGAUGGCGUGAAGAGGAUAUUAGAAAACCCCCAGAGCCUAUCUGAUCCCAAUAAUUAUCACGAAUUCUGUCGGUUGCUGGCUCGUCUUAAGAGUAACUAUCAGCUUGGAGAGCUGGUGAAGGUGGAAAAUUACCCUGAAGUUAUCAGACUUAUUGCUAACUUCACUGUGACAAGCCUGCAGCACUGGGAAUUUGCCCCAAACUCUGUACAUUACCUCCUAAGCCUGUGGCAGCGUCUGGCAGCAUCUGUUCCCUAUGUGAAGGCAACUGAACCACAUCUACUGGAGACCUACACGCCAGAGGUUACCAAAGCCUAUGUAACAUCUCGUCUGGAGUCUGUGCAUAUCAUUCUCCGAGAUGGUCUUGAAGAUCCGUUAGAGGAUGCAGGUUUGGUACAGCAACAGCUAGAUCAGCUAUCAACUAUUGGUCGCUGCGAGUAUGACAAGACUUGUGCACUGCUAGUGCAGCUUUUUGACCAGUCUGCUCAGACGUACCAGGACCUGCUGCAAAGUGGCUCUGCCCCUAGCAUGGAACUGACUGUACAAGAAGGUCGUCUUACUUGGUUGGUGUACAUAAUUGGUGCUGUGAUUGGAGGGAGAGUUUCUUUUGCAAGCACAGAUGAACAGGAUGCCAUGGAUGGGGAACUGGUUUGUCGAGUGCUGCAGCUGAUGAACCUCACAGACUCACGUUUGGCACAGGCCGGCAACGAGAAGCUAGAAUUGUCCAUGCUUAGCUUCUUCGAACAGUUCAGGAAAAUAUACAUCGGGGACCAGGUGCAGAAAUCAUCCAAGCUCUACCGGCGUCUUUCAGAUGUGCUGGGACUCAAUGAUGAGACGAUGGUUCUGAGCAUCUUUAUCGGCAAAAUAAUCACUAAUCUGAAGUUUUGGGGCCGCUGUGAGCCAAUCACUUCCAAGACUUUACAGCUGCUUAAUGACCUCUCCAUAGGAUACAGCAGUGUAAGGAAGUUGGUGAAACUUAGCGCUGUACAGUUCAUGUUAAACAAUCACACAAGUGAGCACUUUUCCUUCCUGGGCAUUAACAGUCAAUCCAAUCUGUCUGAUAUGCGCUGCAGGACUACAUUUUACACUGCACUUGGGCGCCUCCUCAUGGUGGAUUUAGGUGAAGAUGAGGAGCAAUUUUCUCAGUUCAUGCUGCCCCUGACUGCUGCCUUUGAGUCUAUGGCCCAAAUGUUUAACAGUAACAACUUCAACGAACAGGAGGCCAAGAGAAGCCUGGUUGGAUUGGUCAGAGAUCUGAGAGGCAUCGCCUUCGCAUUCAGUGCUAAGAGCAGCUUCAUGAUGCUGUUCGAUUGGAUUUACCCAGCCUACAUGCCUAUUUUACAAAGAGCGCUGGAGCUCUGGUUCCAUGACCCAGCUUGUACUACUCCAAUCCUCAAACUAAUGGCAGAGCUUGUACACAACAGGUCACAGAGGUUACAGUUUGAUGUCUCAUCUCCUAAUGGAAUUCUUCUAUUUCGAGAGACUAGUAAAAUGAUCACAACUUACGGUAAUAGGAUUCUGACUCUGGGAGAGCUGCCAAAGGAACAGUUGUAUGUGUUAAAGCUAAAGGGAAUCUCCAUCUGUUUCUCGGUGCUAAAAGCUGCUUUGAGUGGGAGCUACGUCAACUUUGGGGUCUUCCGUUUAUAUGGGGACGAAGCUCUGGACAAUGCUCUGCAAACAUUUGUCAAGCUGCUUCUGUCUGUGCCACACAGUGACCUGCUGGACUAUCCCAAGCUCAGUCAGUCUUAUUACUCACUCCUGGAGGUGCUGACGCAGGAUCACAUGUCUUUCAUAGCAAGCCUUGAGCCACACGUUAUCAUGUACAUUCUUUCCUCCAUCUCUGAAGGCCUCACAGCUCUGGAUACCAUGGUUUGCACGGGCUGCUGCUCUUGUUUGGACCACAUAGUCACAUACCUCUUCAAGCAACUUUCAAGAAGUGGCAAGAAAAGAGGAGCACCCCCACCCCAAGAGAGUGAGAGGUUUCUGCAUAUUAUGCAGCAGCAUCCUGAGAUGAUUCAACAGAUGCUGUCCACAGUUCUGAAUAUCAUUAUAUUUGAGGACUGUCGAAACCAGUGGUCAAUGAGCCGCCCCUUGCUUGGCUUGAUCCUCCUCAAUGAGAAGUAUUUCUCAGACCUACGGAGCAGUAUUGUGAGUAGCCAGCCUCCAGAGAAACAGCAAGCCAUGCACCUUUGCUUUGAGAAUCUGAUGGAAGGAAUUGAAAGAAACCUGCUCACCAAAAACAGAGACAGAUUUACACAAAAUCUAUCAGCCUUCCGAAGAGAAGUCAAUGACUCCAUGAAAAACUCAUCCUGCGGUCCCAACAGUAAUGAAAUGAUGAGCUGACCUCUCCCUUCAAUACCAACCAUCUCCUCUCCCCACCAUCUCUUAGCCCUUGUACAAAAUCCUGCACAUUUUUUUGGUAAUAUUUUGAAUUAUUUCUACAAAUGGAGAAAAAAUGAUGCCUGGAUUCCCCCUUCUCCCCUUACAACAUGGAGGUGGGUAGGGGGCUUACGGACAAAUAAAAGGAAACUCACCUGUUCACAUGGACUGAGCCCCUAUUGAAAAUUACAAAUAUAUAUAUAUAUAUGUAUGUAUGUGUUAUUUUGAGUGCCCAGUAAUAUCAACUGCCCCACAACACCCUUUCCCCAUCAGCGUGGAUGUACGAAGGACUGGCAGACUAUUGCUAUGUUGGAGUAAUGAUCUGUGGAGACUGCACUGAAAGGGUGAAACUGAUUCUGCAAGGACAUUUUGUAAUAAAUAAUCCUUUACUGAGGAAUGCAGUCCAUUUUUUUCUCUUAUUUUGGGUUAUUCUGAAUAUUCAGAGACCAAAUUGACUCCCCUCUGGUCUUGGGGAUUAGGUUGUUUACAUGAAUUUUUCUACAUAUAUAUAUAUAUUUAUAUAAUACAUUUAAAUGUACUGGGACACCAGUAGUUGUAAUAUGACAUUUAAGAAAAUGUAGACCCACUGCUGUUAUUAAAGUGAGGCUGACAUCUUAAAA